AUGCCGACUAAUGCCGACCAAUGUCGACCAAUGUCUAAAGAUUCACAUAAUACACAAUAUCCUACAAUCUUGGAUUACAAUCCCAAGAUUUUCCUACGAUCUUCUUACAAUCUUGGAUUACAAAUAGAUACAUGA